AUGGUCAACUUUACCGUAGACCAAAUGAGAGCCUUGAUGGACAAGGUGACCAACGUACGUAAUAUGUCUGUUAUUGCGCACGUUGAUCAUGGCAAGUCCACUCUCACUGACUCCCUCGUUCAGAACGCCGGUAUCAUUUCUGCUGCCAAGGCUGGAGAGGCCCGAUUCACUGACACCCGAAAAGAUGAACAGGAACGAGGUAUUACCAUCAAGUCCACUGCCAUCUCCCUUUACGCCCAGCUUUCCGACGACUAUGUCAGCCAGAUUGAUCAAAAGACAGUAGGCAACGAGUUCCUCAUCAACCUAAUCGACUCUCCUGGUCACGUCGACUUUUCUUCUGAAGUCACUGCUGCCCUCCGUGUCACCGAUGGUGCUCUCGUUGUCGUCGACUGUAUUGAAGGUGUGUGUGUUCAGACCGAAACUGUGCUUCGACAGGCUCUUGCCGAGCGAAUUAAGCCUGUUUGUGUUAUCAACAAGGUCGACAGAGCUCUUCUCGAACUUCAAUGCACUAAAGAGGAUCUCUACAAGACCUUCUCUCGAACCGUGGAGUCUGUCAACGUCAUCAUUGCUACUUACUUUGACAAGACUCUCGGCAACUGCCAGGUGUACCCUGAGAAUGGCACUGUUGCCUUUGCUUCCGGACUCCACGGCUGGGCUUUUACCAUUCGACAGUUUGCUGUUCGUUACGCCAAGAAGUUUGGAGUAGACCAGAAGAAGAUGAUGCAGCGACUGUGGGGCGACAACUUCUUCAAUCCCAAAACCAAGAAGUGGUCACACAAAUCGAAAGACGAAAACGGCAACGAGCUCGAGCGAGGCUUCAACAUGUUUGUUCUGGAUCCCAUAUUCACGAUCUUCAACGCUAUCAUGAACUUCAAGAGCCACGAUGUACCUACUCUUUUGGAGAAGCUCAACAUCUCUCUCAAAGGAGACGAAAAGGAGCUCGAAGGUAAGUCUCUUCUGAAGGUGGCCAUGCGAAAGUUCCUUCCUGCGGCUGACGCGCUGCUGGAGAUGAUUGUCAUCCAUCUCCCUUCUCCCGUGACUGCUCAAAAGUACAGAGCUGAGGUGCUCUACGAGGGAGAUGUCACGGACGCCAAUGGUAUGGGUAUCCAGAACUGUGAUCCUAACGCCGACCUGAUGCUCUAUGUGUCAAAGAUGGUGCCCACUUCCGACAAAGGUCGGUUCUACGCCUUUGGUAGAGUUUUUGCUGGUACUGUCAAGUCUGGCAUGAAAGUGCGUAUCCAGGGCCCCAAUUACGUCCCUGGUAAGAAGGACGAUCUCUUCGUCAAGGCCAUUCAACGAACAGUUCUGAUGAUGGGACGAACUGUCGAGCCCAUUGAUGAUGUUCCUGCUGGAAACAUUGUGGGUCUGGUAGGUAUCGAUCAGUUCUUACUCAAGAGCGGCACUCUGACAACCGACGACGCAGCUCACAAUCUGAAGGUGAUGAAGUUCUCAGUUUCACCUGUCGUGCAAGUGGCUGUGGAGGUCCAGAACGCCAACGAUCUGCCCAAGCUCGUCGAGGGUCUCAAACGACUGUCGAAGUCUGAUCCUUGUGUGCUGACGUUCAUCUCAGAAUCUGGAGAACACAUUGUUGCUGGCACUGGAGAACUCCACCUAGAAAUCUGUCUUCUUGAUUUGGAACAGGACCAUGCGGGCAUUCCUCUCAAGAAGUCGCCCCCCGUGGUUUCGUACCGGGAGACCAUCUCCGAGAAAUCCGAAAGCCGAGCCCUGAGCAAAUCUGCCAACAAACAUAACCGAAUCUGGGUUACUGCCGAGCCUCUUUCUGAAGAAUUCAAUGUGGCUGUAGAUGAUGGCAAGAUCUCAGCCAGAGAGGACUUCAAGGUACGAGCCAAAGCACUGGCAGAUGAGUACGACUGGGAUGUGAACCACGCUCGAGCAAUCUGGUGCUUCGGACCUGACGGAACUGGACCUAACACUUUAGUAGAUACCACCAAGGCUGUGCAGUACAUGCACGAGAUCAAGGACUCGUGUGUGGCAGGCUUCCAGGAGGCCACCAAGGCAGGUCCUCUGUUUGGCGAGAGUAUGAGAGGUGUUCGAAUCAACAUGAUGGAUGUGGUUCUCCAUGCUGAUACCAUUCAUCGGGGCACAGGUCAGAUAAUGCCUACAAUGAGACGUGUCACCUACGCUGCUUUCCUCCAAUGCCAGCCUCGUAUCGUCGAACCUGUUUUCCUGGUCGAGAUCCAAUGUCCGGAGAAUGCAGUAGGUGGUAUCUACUCUGUUCUCAACCGUAGAAGAGGCCAGGUUAUCUCUGAAGAGCAGCGAGCCGGUACUCCUCUCUUCACCGUCAAGUCUUACUUGCCAGUCAACGAGUCUUUCGGAUUCACUGGUGAACUGAGACAAGCUACCAGUGGCCAGGCUUUCCCUCAGAUGAUCUUUGACCACUGGGAAGUCAUGGGAGGUUCCCCUCUAGAACCAAACACCAAGCCUGGUCAGAUUGUGGCCGAAACCCGAAAGCGACGGGGCAUGAAGGAGAAUGUUCCCUCAUACACUGAGUACCAUGACACUCUCUAG